AUGAAUAAUACGCCCAUAAAUGACGAUAAUAACCUGAUAAUUUCACCACGCCAAAGGAAGAAUCCAAUUUUGAGGUUUAUAAAAAAUGUUCCAUACAUUGAAGGGGACAUCGCCCCGGAUUUUAUCAUUUCCAGCGAUAUUUACGUGCUUUUUCUAUCGCUCAAGUACCACAGAGUUAACAUUAACUACAUAAAAAAUAGACUCGAAUCGUUGUCGCAAUAUAAAAUCAAAAACUUGUUUAUUAUUUGUCAAAUCGAUGUUUCCGAUUAUAAUCAACUAUUAAGUAAGUUUUUGGAUUUACAAUGGACCAUAGUAAAUUUGUUAACCAUAACGUUCGGAUAUGGAUGUAAAAUACUGUUGAGCUGGAACGCUCGAGAGAGCGCCGCAAUAGUCGAAAUAUUGAAUCUAAACCGCUACAGAGGAAUAGAGUCAAUAAGUAAAAAGACAUAUAUGUCACACAGAGAGUCAGUAACCAACUUAUUACUUAAUAUAAGAAGCUUAAAUAAUAAUGACGUAAAUUUUAUAUGCGAAAAGUAUAAAACCCUCAAGGAAAUUAUGCAUUUUGAUCCAAAAACCGUAAUGGAUAUUAAAGGACUUGGCCAGAAGAAAGUUGAAGCUCUAUCAGCUGCUUUCACCAACAAUUUUUACUAG